AUGUCUACUGAAACUCAUUUACCAGUACCAUAUCGUUCAAAACUUACUGAUCCCUUUGAACCUGGUCAAACAUUAAUGGUCAAAGGUAAAACAAUUCCAGAAUCAAAACGUUUUAGUAUCAAUUUUCAUUCUGGUUCACCAGAUCUUGAUGGAGGUGAUAUUCCAUUCCACAUUUCUAUUCGUUUUGAUGAGGGAAAGUUUGUUUUUAAUACAUUCAAUAAGGGAGAAUGGAUGAAGGAAGAGAGGAAAUCUAAUCCAUAUAAAAAAGGAAGUGAUAUUGAUAUUAGAAUACGUGCCCAUGACAACAGAUUUGUCAUAUAUGCUGAUCAAAAAGAAAUUCAUGAAUAUGAGCAUCGUGUACCACUUUCUACAAUAACUCAUUUCUCAGUUGAUGGUGAUUUAAUUCUUAAUCAAGUUACAUGGGGUGGAAAAUAUUAUCCAGUUCCAUAUGAAAGUGGGAUAACCGGAGAUGGGUUAGUUCCUGGAAAAAGUCUUAUUAUUCAUGGAAUACCAGAAAAAAAAGGCAAAAGUUUCACAAUAAAUAUCUUGAAUGAAGGAGGAGAUGUAGUUCUCAGUUUUAAUAGUAAAAUUGGAGAUAAACAUAUCGUUCGUAACGCUAAAAUUGGUAAUGAAUGGGGUAAUGAAGAAAAAGAAGGAAAAAGUCCUCUUCAGAAAGGAGUUGGUUUUGACUUAGAAAUCAAGAAUGAACCAUAUUCAUUCCAAAUUUUCAUAAACAAUCACCGUUUUGCUACAUUUGCACACAGAACUAAUCCAGAAGGAAUAAAGGGUCUUCAGAUUUGUGGUGAUGUUGAAAUUACUGGAAUUCAGUUGGUUUAA